UUCAUCUUAAACUCUGCCAUUUAAUUUCCAGAAUGCAAGACCAGAUCUAAUUGGUAAUUACUCGGUACUGUGUGAGGACGGCACCACCAACCCGUUGACGAUGUCUCUGGACCUGGGGGGAAAUCUCAUAGUGGAAACUUCUCCCUGCUCUCUAGUAAGGCAACCAUGGAGAACUAUCGUAGCCAACACCGCUACAGCUGAAGGUCUCUCGUCGAGUCUUCAAAACUGGUGGCCUAGCGGUUCGAACCCUGGCGGCAACACUUGGCAGGCCAACCUGUACUCGGCUCUAGCCGGCGUUAACACCGGGGUUGUAUUUGAGAGUACAUUAUUGUCACCGUUAAAUUAUACCAGAGCCAUCCGGCCGAUACCGGAGAUAGACGCGACCAGUUCGUGCGUGCCGGCCCGCCGCUGGUGCACCGUGUCCGCCGCGGAGCAGGACAAGUGCACUUGGCUGCGCGCCGCCGCGCACUCGCUGGGCGUGCGGCCCGCGGUCGCGUGCCAGCAGCGGGCCGCGGUCUUCGAAUGCCUGCGAGACAUCAGGGACGACAGGGCUGACUUCUUCUCGGUCGACACGCACUUCGGUUAUCUGGCUAGGGCUCACUUCCGCCUGACGCCUGUAAAGUUAGUUCAGAACCCUAGCGCGUCCUCAUCACGAGUAGCCGUUUUGGUUAAAGAAUCAGCCACCAAUGAAAUAUCGCGGUUCGAGAAUCUUCGCGACAAAGUUGCCUGCUUCCCGGAGUUUGGUGGACUUGCGUACGUGGCAUUCGUACGCGCGGCCCACGAACGCGGCGUGAUCAGUUCCCAGCAGUGCGACUACGCGCGCGCCGUCGGGGAGUUCUUCAACAGCUCAUGCGCACCCGGCGCACUGGACGCCUCGCACAUCAUAUACAACACCUCCACAUUUGACGCAACAACGUUAUGUACCGCGUGUCGCCAGAGUACUCCAGUCGCCGCCAACGCUUCUGAUUGUAAGUAAUUAAGUAUUAUUACAUUAGACGAGACAAAUGCUAG